AUGACCUUUAUUGUGGUAGAUCAUUUCCAAAAAUGGUUUCUCUCUGAAAAAACAAAGCAUUCAAACCCAUCAUUAUCAGAUUUGGAUUUAAGAUUUAAUCCCAUGCAUACAAUUAAUUAUUUAAAAAAUGAUUAUAAAUUAAACUGGAAUGAUUUUUUACAUUAUUCCUUCCUAUUUCUAGUUUCAUUAUACACAUAUGAACUAAAUCCAGCACAUUGGAUACUAAAAUCCUUAACAGUUUUGUUAUUGCUAAUAGUAUUGUUUGUACCAAUCACAUCUCAAUUUUUUGUCCAUAGUUUACCCAUUUUAACUUGGCUAAGUUUAUAUUUUAAUUCAUUGUAUGUCCCAAUUGAUGAAAGACCCAAGAUUGUUGUUCAACUUUUACCAUCGAUUGAAACAAUUCUUUAUGGAACAAAUAUAAGUGAAAUUUUAUGUAUAAAGACAAAUCCAUUUUUAGACCUUUUAGCAUGGGUACCUUAUGGUUUUAUUCAUUUUGCUCUACCCUUUGUUAUUGCUGCUCUAUUAUUUGUAUUUGGACCACCAACAAGUCUAAGGUGCUACAGUUUUGCAUUCGGUUAUAUUAACUUAUUAGGUGUUUUAAUUCAAGUUAUUUUACCAACCGCUCCUCCUUGGUAUAAAACUAUGUACGGUUUAGAACCUGCAAAUUAUGAUAUUCCUGGUUCCCCAGGUGGAUUAAUUAGAAUAGAUACCAUUUUUAAUAGAGACAUUUAUUCAGAUGCAUUCACAAAUUCUUCGGUCAUAUUCGGCGCUCUACCUUCUUUACAUUCUGGCUGUGCCACUAUGGAAAUCUUAUUCUUUAAUUACUGUUUCCCAAAUUAUAAGCCAUUAUACAUAUUAUAUAUGGGAUGGUUAUGGUGGUCAACAAUGUACCUAAAUCAUCAUUAUUUCAUUGAUUUAAUUUUAGGUUCAUUGUUUUCAUUUGUUAUUUUUGAAUAUACAAAAUACUUCCAUUUACCAAAAGUUGAUACAACCUUAUUUUGUAGAUGGUCUUAUUCAACUUUAGAAAAAUAUGCUAUCUAUAAGGAUGAUCCACUAAAGAUUGAUACGAUUUUUAAUGACAACGAUGUUAUUAGUAAUGAUACUGAAAUCCCAACGAACAAUAAUAACAAUAACGUCAUCGUUAAUAAUGUUUAUGUUAAUUCUUCAGAUGAUAAUGAAACAAUAAAGCUUAAUAUUGGGUUAGGAUUAACUAAUAGUCCAGAAAUUAUAAAUUUGGGAAAAGUAAAUUCAGUGGAUAUUAUUUAUUCCCAAAGUGAAAGAAGUAUUUCCCCCGCCAUGAUAUUCGAAAAUAGUAAUGGUAUUAGAGAUGAUUUUCUAAUGCGGCCUUUCUCCAUAAAUUCAUUCAAUAACAAUGGGGAUGAUAUUAACAACAUACAUCUUAACAUAGAAACCAGUAAUUCUCUACUAAGUGAUUCGAGGUUAAAGAACCCAUUUUCUUCUACAUCUUCCAUAAAUGAAGGGGACUCUCCUAUAUAUCCUAAACCAGCAGCUAUGAAGUUCUACUAA